AUGCAAUCGAGACUAACACCAAGACCAGAUCUUCAAAGAUUGGUCAUCACCACCCAAAAUGUCCGUCAACCGCACCUGCAACCGCGAUGCCCUCCCAACCUCAGCAACAUCCCCGGUCUACCCAUGGAUUGCAGCGUCUGGGUCAUCCCCAACUGGAACGAAUCCUUCGUAGGAAUGACCAAGUGCUGCUCUCCCAACGAGGUGCAUGUCAGUGGCGCGGACGGAUUCGAAGGGUGCGUUUUGUGGUGUUUGAUUCCGGACUCGAUUCUUAAAGACAAAGACGGAAAGACGGGCGAGGAGGAUGAUGUUCUUUCCGAUAUGGGCAAUUGUGUGCAGAACAAGGGUGGCUAG